AAAGGACUACCGCCUUGCCUUCACAAGCAAAGGGCCUGUUUGGAAGAAAGGAAAAGAAUGGGGGCGGAAGAAGAAAGGCUAACAAAGGAGCAACCGAGAUCGAAUGCCGUAACAGAAGCGCAAUUCCUCUCUUGGAAACGCAGAAAGGAUGCAGAUGCCUCUGCUCGAAAAGCCGAAGUAGCCAGGAAACGUGCUCAAGAUAUUGCAGCUGGAACACUGCAAAUGAACGGUCGAGAGCUUUUCUUGCAUGACCCCUCCCUUUUUGACAACUCUCUUUAUUGAGGUUACUUUCUUUACACUUUUGAGUAGCAAUUGCAAGUCCUAGUUAACUCUCCAUUUCAGUAUUUAUGUUUCAUUGCCAUUAUGGACCCGGUAUGAACUGCAUAUAAGAACUAAGGUGCUUCUUUUGCUGCUCUUAUUCAGAUAAGGAUCAAGUCUGAUAAGUUGCAUGCUUUUAACAUGUAACCAUGAUUUGUUCUAUUAUGUGAAGGAAAUUCAUCUUAUUUCAAUACAAUAUACUCUAGUUUGUGAUUGUUCGACA